CGCACGCUAUUAACAAUUUUUCGUAAUAUCUUCCUCAGUCUAGCUCUUCCUUCUGAGUUAGUUGCUGAACUAAUGGAUUGUCAUUUUUCUUCCCAUUUACAAGCUAUUUUUGGCAUUUUAGUCUUUCUAUUCUUUCUCAUAUUCUUACGGAGAAGAAACACAGUUACUUCCAAAAAAUUAGCCCCUAAAGUCCCCGGAGCAUGGCCUAUCAUUGGCCAUCUCCGUCUACUCAAUGGUACAGAUAAAAAUGUCCCAUUUGCUAGGACUUUAGGGGCAUUUGCCGAUAAAUACGGACCUAUUUUCACAUUGAGAAUGGGGAUGUACCCCUACUUGAUAAUCAGCAAUUGGGAAGCAGCUAACGAUUGUCUUACUACUCAUGAUAAAGAUUUCGCUGCCCGUCCAACAUCGAUGGCUGGCCAAAGCAUUGGUUAUAAGUACGCGAGAUUUCCUUAUUCUAAUUUUGGUCCUUAUUAUAAUAAAGUGCGCAAGCUAGCCUUAACACAAAUACUCUCAAGUACUAAACUCGAAAAACUGAGGCAUAUACGUGUCGUUGAAUUGGAAGAUAGCAUCAAAGACUUGUAUUCUUUGACACAAGUAAAUAAGAAUGAAGUGAACAUGACUCGAUGGUUUCAUCAAUUGACUUUAAACAUAAUUGUUAAGACCAUAUGUGGGAAAAGAUACAACAACAUAGAGGAGGAUGAGGAAGCAAAGCGUUUUAGAAAGGCUUUUAAAGGGAUCAUGUAUGUUGUAGGACAAAUUGUUUUGAAUGAUGUAGUGCCAUUUCCAUUGUUCAAAUAUUUUGAUUUCCAAGGGCAUAUAAAAUUGAUGAAGAAUAUAUAUAAGGACUUGGAUUCUAUUCUUCAAGGUUGGUUAGAGGAUCAUAUGAAGAAAAAGGAUGUGAACAACGAAGAUCAAGAUGCCAUAGAUGCCUUGCUUAGGGCCACACAUGUUAAUGAAUUCAAAUGCUAUGGUUAUUCUCAGGCCACCGUCAUCAAGUCAACUGUCUUGAGUUUGAUCUUGGAUGGCUCAGACACAACAGCUGUUCAUUUGAUAUGGAUAAUGUCCUUAUUGCUAAACAAUCCGCGUGCUAUGAAACAAGCCCAAGAAGAGAUAGAUACAAAAGUAGGUAAAUCGCGAUGGGUUGAAGAAAGUGACAUAAAAAAUUUAGUGUAUCUUCACGCUAUCGUUAAAGAAACGUUACGCUUAUAUCCACCUGUUCCUUUACUCUUACCACAUGAAGCAGUGCAAGAUUGUAAAGUGGCUGGUUACGACAUCCCAAAGGGUACUCGUUUGUAUAUCAAUGCGUGGAAAAUACAUCGAGAUCCUAACAUUUGGUCAGAACCUGAAAAAUUCAUGCCCGAGAGAUUUUUGACAAGCAAAAGAAGUGUAAAUGCUCAUGGUCAAUAUUUUGAAUUUAUUCCAUUUGGUUCUGGUAGACGAUCUUGUCCCGGGAUAAAUUUUGCAACCUUAGUAACACAUUUGACUUUUGCUCGCUUGCUUCAAGGUUUUGAUUUUAGUAAAUCAUCGAAUACGCCAAUAGACAUGACAGAAGGCGUAGGCAUUACCCUGCCUAAGGUAAAUCGAGUGGAAGUUCUAGUUACGCCUCGUUUGUCUUCUAAGUUUUAUGUAUUUUGAAAGUGUAGAUUUAUCAGGCAUGGGUUGAAUAAUUGAUGUUUUAAUCUGUUUCUAAUAUUUUUUGUUACUUGAAUAAGUGUGUAAUUUCAUAUAAAUGCAAGACUGAU